CACGAGUGUUAGGAGCACAGACACGCUCAGUGCCAUUUCUCUUAUCGGCAAGAACCUAAAUCGUCAGCUUCUUGGGAGCAACCCAGCAUUAGACUGCACCACGUAAUCAAUCUCAUUCACACUAAUGAAAGAUUUCGACCAGUAGAGAACAGCAGAAGACAUCACACCCCCAUGAAAUCGGCCAAUCUGAUAGCAUCCAUAGUCAGUACACUAUGGCCGAAGUUGACAGACUUAUGGAAAGACUGGGGCAUCCAAUGGCUGGUCACCAUAAGCCUUGCUUGCCAGAUCAUCCUCGCCAUCCUCGGCAGCCGCCGGAGGUACAUGACCUCAAUCAUCAUCAGAUAUGUCAUCCUCACUGCCUACUUGCUCUCUUCUUACAUUGUGACCAUCGCCCUUGGCAAGCUCACUGUUGUCCAGAUCGACAAUCCUGAUCGACCGGACUACAUUACCGAGCUCAGGGGGUUGCUGGCACCGUUGCUCUUGAUGCAGCUUGGGAACCCUGACUCCAUAACUGCAUAUUCGGUCGAGGACAACCGGCUCAGCAUCCGGGAGAUGCUGAAUCUGUUCGUCAGGGUCGUUUUCGUUGUCUGGAUCCUGAUUCGCUGCUGGGACAGCUCGUCCCCUGUCCCAUUUUUGUACUUCCCCUUGUUUGCUGCUGGGAUCAUACGAUCCGCGGUGACGGUGUGGGCCCUCAAGUCCGUUUACUGGGAGAGGUCGAGCAUAUCAGCCGAGGAUAUCUUUGAUGAGGAAACUGUUGGCGAGUUCUUCAACAAGCGGGACAGGCCCAGAUGGUCGGAGGAGCAAAAGAUCAUCUUAAAGGCGUACUAUCGGUUUGAUUGCUUGAAGCCCCACAUUGUAAACUGGCUCUACCACCCGGAAUCGCUAUCCAUAUCUCGGUUAAUUGUAAAUCGCGAUUUAGCCUUUAUCACAACUGAGGUCGAACUUGGAUUCAUGUAUGACGUACUUUACACCAAGCAACCGGUUCUCUAUAAACCACUCGGUCUUAUCGGUCGCUUCACUAGCUUUUUCUGUCUAGUCUCGGCCUUGUGCGGAUUUGCCGUUAUUUUCAAGAAUGCCUUCUUGAUAGACAUGUACGUCACCUACACUUACGUAUUAUUGAUAGGAGUCACCGCCCUGGAAUGUUACCAAAUUGUUCUGCAACCUUUUUCGGCAUGGGUGAUCGUGGAGAUGAGCCGUCACCAAAGAAAUCGCCCCAUGUUGACAAGGCUGUUGAAGUUCUUAGCUGAAAGGUAUAUGAAGCGGAAAAGGUGGUCAAACUCAGUCGGGCAACUUGACUUGUUGGAUCAUCGCCUGCACGAUGACUGGCCAUGGUCCAUCGGAAGAAUCCUCAAAUACUUGGGCAAAAAACAGGUGACCUUGAGAAGGUAUUGGAUUCACUCUCGAGUGGAAAUCCCCGGCUCUCUCAAGGAAUUGCUGGUGGAAAAUAUUCAAAAGUUCAACACGAUGAGAGACCGAAAGCCCUUCACGGAACGCGGCAACUGGACACUUGAAGCUCACGAACGCAGUGGCGAUGUGGAGUGGACGCAGAAAGACCUUCAAGUUUUGAAAAAAAACAUCUCGACAACAUUUGACAAAAGCAUCAUCAUUUGGCACAUGGCAACGAACAUCUGCCUCCUUUCAGAGCCCGAUGAUGCUCCGAACUGUAAAGGAAGCAAACUGCUAUCCAAUUACAUGAUAUACCUUCUAGCACUGCGACCCUAUUCGUUGUCCCUUACGACUACCGACAUCACAUUGGAGCAUGCUUGCAACAUAUUGAAGCCAUUUCUCAGGUACAGAGACCGCAAUGAGGCUUUGAAGACAUUCUCAUCAGCUGAGAAGGUGCUUGAACCCUCCCUGGAUCAGAUGGGAACCAUAAUCACCAAGGAGUGGCAUGUGCUGUUGGACGCGCAGGAAUUGGCUGCGACGCUGAAGGGCAAGGACAACAAGUGGCAGAUCAUAAGCAGCAUUUGGGUGGAGAUGUUGUGCUAUGCUGCGUAUAGUUGUCAAGUUUACCAUCAUGCGAAACUGUUGCGGCGAGGCGGAGAGCUUAUAACUCAUGUUUGGCUGCUCUUGAUGCACGAGACUGAUAAGUACACCCACUCUCCCAAGACCAAGCCCACCGAAGAAACCAAAGGAUAGUCAAAAAGUGUCAUGAUCCUAGGAUUGGUCAUGCUCUGCACCCGACUGUAGUGUGCGUGUGUGUGUGUUUUCCCUCUUUUUCCUUCUUGGUAAAGAGGUGCUUUCUCAGUAAAAUCACCGUAAUCGCAUUCAGCUAGGAGACUGGUUAAUGAAGCAUAGUUGAUUUAUA